GGAGAUUUCUCAAGAAAUAUCUUGGAUGAAAAUCUGAAACAUUUGUAUGACUGUGUGAUUAUCCCUGGGCCUAAAAGUGUAACCGAGGUUGUUCUUUGCAGGACAGAGUUGGUGCAAAUGGAAAAGCCCCAGCCAGUGAACCCAGAACUCACUUCCUGGCACAUCACCGGAGUGCUAGAUAUGCUCAACAAAUUCAGAGUGGAUGAUCCUCUGAGUAAGGAAAGGGCAAGUCACUAUAUGAGCCUUUCUGAGGAUGUGAGAAAUGUGAUAUUUGGAGAUGACCAUGAUGGUGCGCCCGGGGAGUCCCAGAGAGCAGAGAACUUUGCAGCAUGGGGAGCUCAGGCCUUCUCCUCCGGCAGGCAUUACUGGGAAGUGGAUGUAACCCACUCCUCCAACUGGAUUCUGGGAGUCUGUAAAGAUUCCAGGACAGCAAACACAAAUCACGUUCCUGCUUUUGAGGAAGCAUUUUCUCUAUUUUCUUCAAAGAGAAACAACCUUUAUAGCCUCUCCAACAUCUUUCUUCCCUUAACUCACUAUGUGCAAAGACCUUUGGGUCGGGUUGGGGUGUUUCUGGAUUAUGACAACACAGUUGUGAGCUUUUAUGAUGUUUCAAAAGGUUCCCUCAUAUACAGCUUUUUCCCUUCCUCUUUGUCUUCCCUUUUGACACCUUUCCUGCAAAGCCCCGAUGAAAGCUUUGAACGUAAAUCUCCUCAUGAAAACUUAACCAAAAAUAGUCCUUCCCCGGAGUACACUGGCAUGUCUAG